UAGGAGACAUUUUGUUUGACUUCCUUAUAUAUCUGAACUUUUCACAUUUUCUAAAGUGAGAAAGUAUUACUUCUAUUAUCAGAAAAAAACUCUCCUGGCCAGGCGCAGUGGCUCAUGCCUGUAAUCCCCAGCACUUUGGAAGGCUGAGGGGGGGCGGAUCAUCUGAGGUCAGGAGUUUGAGACCAGCCUGGCCAACAUGGUGAAAUACCGUCUCUACUAAAAAUACAAAAAUUAGCUGGGCAUGGUGGCAUGCACCUGUAAUCCCAGCUACCUGGGAGGCUGAGGCAGGAGAAUCCCCUGAACCCAGGAAGCAGAGGUUGCAGUGAGCCGAGAACUGCACCAUUGUACUCCAGCCUGGGCAACAUGAGCCUCAAAAAACAAAACAAAAAACAAACCUCCCUUAAAAUGCCAAACACUUUUAAAAGGUCAUAAAUAUAAACCAAACCACCACCACCCCUGUGUCUUACCAUUAUCACUUUAAAAGGCUGCUAUCCCAGUGUAGUUUCACUAAUAUCAGGCCCUGUCAACUUACCAUGGCACCUCCCUGACAACAGACACAUCCCCCCAUCCCCGAGCUCCACAAGAAUGGAAGAACAAACCAUCCAUGUUCCUGACUAUGACAGUAGUCCUGUGAGUACAGCGAGAUGGGGCUUUGCUUGAAAAGGGAUCACUCAGACCAGUGCCUCCCACACCUUACUGGAAGAUGUCACGAAACUAGCAUGUGAUUUGUCGCGAGAUGGGGCUUUGCUUGAAAAGGGAUCACUCAGGCCAGUGCCUCCUACACCUUACUGGAAGAUGUCACAAAACUAGCAUGUGAUUUGUCUCUUGCACAGUGGGUGGCUGGAAGGGAAGUGACAACUCUUCUGGCUGGGGCCUCCAGGGAUAGGUCAGAGCAGAACCUUCCAAAGGGCACCCAUGGUGCCGGCCCCAGUAACCUACGAUUCCCUUGUGGUCAACCAGCUUCUCCAGAACCAAGAACCCACUGGCUCCUGGAUGGCCAAGAGCAAUCUGACCACCUGCAGCCAGUCAGAAGGUGGAGACCUGGUUUACGGGCCUACCCAGAGGGCAAAGUACUGGAGUAAUGGGGGCAGCAGUGGAUGUGUAGUAGUAACAGUAAUAGCAGGCCUGGUGCGGUGGCUCACACCUUGUGAUCCCAGCACUUUGGCUGGCUGAGGCAGAAGGACUGCUUUGAGCCCAGGGGUUCAAGGUUGCAGUGAGCUAUGAUCAUGCCACUACACUCCAACCUGGGCAACAGAGUGAGACCCUGUCUCUUUAAAAAAAAAAAAAAAUUAACUGCCAAGCAGGAACCCGCAUCCAGGAACACAACCCUUUGCUCCUCCUUCAGAAUGAAUGGAAACUAGGCUGGGCGCGGUGGCUCACACCUGUAAUCUCAGCACUUUGGGAGGCCAAGGUGGGCGGAUCACGAGGUCAGGAGAUCGAGACCAUCCUGGCUAACACAGUGAAACCCUGUCUCUACUAAAAAUACAAAAAAUUAGCCGGGCGCGGUGGCGGGUGCCUGUAGUCCCGGCUACUAGGGAGGCUGAGGCAGGAGAAUGGCGUGAACCCAGGAGGCGGAGUUUGCAGUGAGCCAAGAUCUCGUGCCACUGCACUCCAGCCUGGGCGACAGAGCGAGACUCUGUCUCAAAAAAAAAAAAAAAAAAAGAACGAAUGGAAACCAGAAAUCAGAUGUUUAUGCCCAAGAAAAGCAGGAUUUUGUUCAGCACUACUCCCAGAUCGUUAGGGUGCUGACUGAGGAUGAGAUGGGGCACCCAGAGACAGGAGAUGCUACUGCCCGGCUCAAGGAGGUCCUGGAGUACAGUGCCAUUGGAGGCAAGUAUCACUGAGGUUUGAUGGUGCUAGUAGCGUUCCGGGAGCUGGUGGAGCCGAGGAAACAGGAUGCUGAUAGUCUCCAGUGGGCCCUGACUGUGGGCUGGUAUGCGGAACUGCUGCAAGCUUUCUUCCUGGUGGCAGAUGACAUUAUGGAUUCAUCCCUUACCUGCCAGGGACAGAUCUCCUGGUAUCAGAAGCUGGGCAUGGGUUUGGAUGCCAUCAAUGAUGCUAUCCUUCUGGAAGCAUGUAUCUACUGCCUGCUGAAGCUGAAUUGCUGGGAGCAGCCCUAUUACCUGAACCUGAUGGAGCUCUUCCAGCAUUCUUCUUAUCAGACUGAGAUUGGGCAGACCCUUGACCUCAUCACAACCCCCCAGGGCAAUGUGGAUAUUGGCAGAUGCACCGAAAAAAGGCACAAAUCUAUUGUCAAGUACAAGACAGCUUUCUACUCCUUCUACCUUCCUGUAGCUGCAGCCAUGUACAUGUCAAGAAUGGAUGACAAGAAGGAGCACGCCAGUGCCAAGAAGUUCCUGCUGGAGAUUCAAGAGUUCUUUCAGAUUCAGGAUGAUCACCUUGACCUCUUUGGGGACCCCAGUGUGACUGGCAGAGUUGGCACUGACUUCCAGGACAACAAAUGCAGCUGGCUGGUGGUUCAGUGUCUGCUACGGGCCACUCCAGAACAGUACCAGAUCCUGAAGGAAAAUUACAGGCAAAAGGAGGCCGAGAAGGUGGCCCGGGUGAAGGCACUAUACGAGGAGCUGGAUCUGCCGGCCGUGUUCUCGCAGUAUGAGAAAGACAGUUACAGCCAUGUUAUGGGUCUCAUCGAAUAGUAUGCAGAGCCCCAGCCCCCAGCCAUCUUUCUGGGGCUUGUGCACAAAAUCUACAACUGGAAAAA